AUGGUUAAACAAAGAGGAAAAGGCUCCAAACAACUCGGCAGAGGUGAUUCCUCCUGGGGAGGGAAGCUGAGAUUGGUUAAACUCACUCCCCAGGAUCGUCAAAACAUAAAGAAGAUAAUAAAGGCAAUUAAGGCAGCUGAUAGAGCCUGUGAUCAGCCGGGGAGUGAAUUGACAGAUGACACUCCUCCAUCAUCACCCAUUGCCCAAGCACCAAAGCAUGUUCCCACUGAGUCGUUUGAGGGCUCAGUAGCCAGCAGUGGUGAGUACUCUGCCUCCCCCACAGCUUCAUUAUCCGGGGAGAGUAAAGGCGGGAGUGAGGAGGAGGUGCUAGGGGAUGAUGAGGUAUUUGAGGGGGGUGAGCCUCAAGUUGCGAGCAUUGCCCGAACUAGAAAACCCGAAGUUUGGGAGGAUAGCGUGAAGGGGAAUGACAAACCCAAGGAUAAGAACUACAAAGCCCCUGAUUUUGCCCCAACUGGCCAGUCUGAAGAGCCAGUUGCGCUAGAUGCCCCCGCUGAGCCUGCCUCCACUUCUGUUGAGAUGCCUCCCGGACCUUCCACAUCUUCAGCCAUUCCUCCUGGCCCUUCCACAUCAGCAGGCCCGGAGAUGCCAUCUUCCCGGGCCCAUCCUAUCACUUCCCACCAACUAAGUCAGAUGCUUCAGAGUAUCAACACCUGGAUGUACACUGCUUCAUCCAAGUUGUCCACCUUAACCACCACUAUUGCAGCUCAGUCGGCACCUCAGCCAGCACAGGUCCCACAAUCCAUUGAGGAUUCUUUGAAAGAGAUUCUUGAGAACCAAAAGAAAAUCCUCACUACCCAGGAUACAUUGGCAAAGGCAGUUGAUUCACAUAGAAAGGCUCUCAAGGAGCUUGCUAAGGAACAUAAGAAGCUGCGAAAGAUAUGGUCCUCCAAGGAGUACGUGAAGGAGCUACGGGCGGAUGUUGACAAGUUGAAGGUACACCAGCUGCCUUUAGACCUAUUGUUUGAGGACCCAGUUCCAGCAACUAAGCCACAGCCGGAGCAGUCACAGCGACCUCUGAAGAGGAUGAUUCCUAAAGCCGAUGAUGCUAUUAUCCAGUUGGCGGACCUAGCAGAGACUUCAUCCAGUCAGCCACAGGGUGUACCAGAUCUAGAGCCUGUCCAGGCCUAG